GCCCUAGCGAAUUGUACCCAACCCCGAACCACUCCUACACCAACGUCCACCGCCCCGAUGUCUGACGACAAUGAUACCGCACGGCUCAAAGCUCGUAUUGAUGCUGGUGCCUCCGUCUCUGAGAUCGCUCAAGAGGCCUAUCGCAUCAGCCGCAUCAAUGUCUACCUACGCAAAGCCGUUCAGAAUGCUAAAGACGCACUUCGCAAGUCUGGUGAACUGACGAAGAAGCAAGCGGUUAUAGAGGAUGCUCUGAAUGAGAUGCGAGACGAGCUACUUGAAACGCGGAAGUUGUUGGGGCGAACAUGGGGGUUACUCGAGCAACGGAACGUGACGAGGCCGGCGGAUAUGGAGCUGGCGUACGAUGCGCUCAGAACCCGAGAUCAAAAUGACUGGCAAGCUCAGAAGAAACCGAAGCACGAGACGCGGGUGGCGAAAAAGAACCAUGGGCGACAGCAGCAGAACAAGCAGGACAAGAGCAAAGGCAAGAUGAAAAACAAGAAGAAGGGCGAUCAUAAAGUUACCUUCUUGCUCCACACACACGAUGGUAGGACGUACAAUAUGCGAGACCCGCCCCCCGACAACGACACUAACGAUGAUGCUGGUUCUUUCGGUACUGAGCCUGGUGAGGUUCCUGGCGAUGAUGGUAUUGAACGACCGCCCGCUCAAGCUGGGCCUUCAGCAUAUGCGCCUACUACUUCUGUAGGGCAGCCAGCUUAUACUAACGAUGACAGGAUCGACGCAAAUUCAACAUCAAAAGCAAAUGAACCCAAAAUCAAUGAGAGCUCAGAUGAAGAUACGAAUACUUCCGCAGACUUACCUGUUGCCACCCCUGUGGUCGGUGAAAUGUUGGCAACAGACAAAGUCGCCGCUGUAAACCGCAAGAAGGCAUCGAUCAAUGAACCGAUUGGCGCCGCAAUCAGGAAACGGAUGAUGGACGAUGGUCUUGAAAGUACCCUAAAGCACGCAACAUCGCCCGUAGGCAGCUCUUCCAAUAAGUCGAUAAAAGCUACCAGUCCUGCCAACAGUGGCGUUGUUAGCCUAAAGCGGAAGGCAUCACCAGCUUUGGGUCCCGCGCUGAAGAAGCCGAAGUUGAGCGAGGAGCUUGAAGACGGUGAAAUCGAUGAGUCUGCCGAUACUCUUCUUGAAGAAGGCGAGAUUCAAGGGUAG